UUCAUCUGUCCUCUCUUAUUUCUUGCCUUAAUUGGCAUUUUUGUCGAACACCUAUAUAAACAAAGUUUAUUUUCCCCGUCGAUCAAAAACGAACAAAACAAGGGAAAAAAAAUUAAAGGGUUAGUGAAGGUCACGAUCCUGCACGCGCUAAAAAACUAAGUGUGAAGCACGCACCAACCACCAGAUGCUCUUUUUGCGCGUAUCUUUAAGGCGAUUAGACUAAGCGCGUGCGUUUUAACAGCACCACCUGAAUGUCUGUUUUUUUUUUUUUUUGCCCUAAUCGACUGCGAUCGAGAGCUCCCUCUCUUAUCGUGAAGCGCCAUGAACUUCUCUGAUAACUCAAUAAAUCAACCAUGUCCUUCCUCUUGAUCUCCUCCUCGACUCGGAUCACGAAUCGCUUGACUCGUUUAGUGUUUUUCCGUCCGUAAUAUACCCCUCCAACGUUUGACUCAGUAACUCGAAUUAAAAGAUGGAGCCAAUGGAUAUCGUAGGCAAGUCGAAGGAGGACGCUUCGCUUCCCAAAGCAACUAUGACCAAAAUUAUAAAGGAGAUGUUACCCCCAGAUGUACGUGUUGCAAGAGAUGCUCAAGAUCUUUUGAUUGAGUGUUGUGUAGAGUUUAUUAAUCUUAUUUCAUCAGAGUCCAAUGAAGUUUGUAAUAGAGUGGAGAAACGAACAAUAGCACCUGAGCAUGUACUCAAGGCUUUAGAGGUUCUUGGGUUUGGAGAGUACAUUGAAGAGGUAUAUGCUGCAUAUGAGCAACACAAGAUCGAGACCAUGCAGGACUCUUUGAAAGGCGGCAAAUGGAGCAAUGGAGCAGAAAUGACUGAGGAAGAAGCAGUAGCUGAGCAGCAGAGAAUGUUUGCUGAGGCACGCGCGAGAAUGAACGGUGGGGCUGUUGCCCCCAAGCAACCAGAUGCUGAACCAAGUUUAGAGAGCUAACCAUUUAGACUUGUUUUCUUUUACCAUAGGCAAGCAUCCUUGACUCUUCCAUUCUUGUUUCCAAGUUCUAAUCCCAUAUAUUAUGUACAAAAGGCCAUUGGUUAGUGCACUCGCCUAUGUGGAUAUCUGUAACUUAAUGUAAUUAGUGAGAGUUUGUUCGAUUCCAUCUAUGCCCAAACCUUGAUUUGUACUUACUUUGUGAAUAUAAUCGUAGUAGUAUUUGACUUGAAAUAUCUGUAAGACUGCAACCGUGCCCUGAUUGCUGUUCUGAGUACGAAUUCCAAAACCCCAACUGCAAAAUGAAGUCAUGUAGGAUAUAUACUUGGGUAGAGUGGCCCACCAAGAUAGUGACGUGUCAAUUCCUGUCAAGACAUUCAAAACUGGUAAUGUUUGUGAGGUCCCACAGACAAUGA